AUGUGUGCACAGGGAUUCCUCAAGUUGGUGCUGCUGCUGACUGCUUCACUUCUAACUCUGCUGCCUGCCAUUCCUCAAACUUUCUCCCUGUCCCUGCGGAGUGGCUCCCGCAGCACCUCCUCAUGUAGACUGUCCCAUGCUGAGUCGGAACGCAGGUGUCGUGUCCCAAGGGGAAAGUUGUGCAGCGGCAGAGGCCAAUGUGACUGCGGUGUCUGCAUCUGCCAAGUGACUGAGCCGGGAAAAUACUACGGUCCGCUGUGUGAGUGCCACGAGUGGGUGUGCGAGACUUAUGAUGGUGAGACUUGUGCAGGCCGUGGAAAGUGUGACUGUGGGAAAUGCAAAUGUGAUGAAGGCUGGUAUGGUGACGCUUGUCAGUACCCAACUACUUGCAACUUUACACGGAAGAAGAGCAAUGAAAUGUGUAAGAAUUCUCAAGAUAUUAUCUGUUCUAAUGCAGGCGUAUGCCAAUGUGGCAGAUGCAAGUGUGAGAAUUCAGAAGGGAAUGGACUCAUCUAUGGUAAAUUUUGUGAGUGUGAUGACCGAGAAUGCAUAGAUGAUGAAACAGGCGAGAUCUGUACAGGCCAUGGAAAGUGUUACUGUGGAAACUGUUACUGUGAUGCUGGUUGGCAUGGAGAUAAAUGUGAAUUCCAGUGUGACAUCACCCCAUGGGAGAUCAAGAAAAGAUGCACAUCUCCAGAUGGCAAAAUCUGCAGCAACAGAGGCACAUGUGUAUGUGGUGAAUGCACAUGCCAUGAUGUGGAUCCAACUGGUGACUGGGGAGAUAUUCAUGGAGAUACCUGUGAGUGUGAUGAAAGAAAUUGCAAGGCAGUGUAUGACAGAUAUUCUGAUGACUUCUGUUCAGGUCAUGGACAGUGUAACUGUGGAAGAUGUGAUUGUAAAAAAGGAUGGACUGGAAAGAAGUGUGAACAUCCACGUUCUUGUCCAUUGUCAGCUGAGGACAGCUCUAAGAAAUGCCAAGGAAGUUCUAAUUUACCUUGUUCCGGAAGAGGGCAAUGUGAAUGUGGCCAGUGCACUUGUUUCCCUCCAGGAGAUAACAGAGUUCAUGGUAAAACCUGCGAAUGUGAUGAUCGACAGUGUGAAGAUAUGGAUGGCAAUGUCUGUGGGGGCCACGGCCUCUGUUCUUGCGGUCGAUGUGUUUGCGAGGAUGGAUGGUUUGGACGGUUGUGUCAACAUCCAAGAAAGUGCAACAUGACAGAAGAUGAAAGCAAAAGCUUUUGUGAAUCAGCCAAUGGCAUAUUGUGCUCGGGAAAGGGUUCCUGUCACUGUGGAAAGUGCAUCUGUUCCCCGCAGGAAUGGUACAUUUCAGGGGAAUUUUGUGAAUGUGAUGACAGAGACUGCGACAAACAUGAUGGGCUCAUUUGCACAGGCAAUGGUAUAUGUAGCUGUGGAAACUGUGAAUGCUGGGAAGGAUGGAAUGGGAAUGCUUGUGAAAUCUGGCUUGGGACAGAAUACCCUUAAUCAGAACAUGGAGCAUCAAGGACUGCGGGGUUUGGUUUGGUGUUUUAGGCUGCUAGAACAAUUAAAUGCAAAGCAAACCACAUAGAAUAACCACCAGAAAUAUUCUAAUAGACCAAUGUAAGUUUCUGUAUUUCAUAACAACCAACUGCAGGUCUACUCCUGCUCCUAUUCAAUUCAUUUGCAACACUCACAUUGACUUCAGUGGGACUGGGAUUGGCCUUAAAAGUCUUAAGGUUGAAUUCCUGGCUUCACUGAAGUGACACAAGAAAGCUUUAUUGCAUAGGUUAGCUUCUUGUCAAAUCUCGACACCAUUACAUAAUGAAAUGGCAUUCGUAUAAAAGCGUGGAGCUGGCUGGAUAUUUGUCAAAAAAUUUAUCUGAUGUCAUUUCUGAUGUCUGUCAAAUAUAUUAUUAUUUGGCUGUGUUUUUCCCUUCCUAUUCUGAUUAUUUUCCAGCUCCAAUAACAAGUGAAGCUGUAAAUUAAUUAUUUUAAUUUUUGUCAGAGAUCUGCAGUUGUAUAACUGAGAUCCAAAUACCUAAACAACCCCAGAGAGCAGAUCAAUGACCCAAAUUAUAAAACCAGACCCCCUUUCUAGAAUAGAGCAAUUAAAAAAAAAUCUUAAUUUCUGUGGUUACAAUAUCAUUAAGCUGGUUAUCUAGUCUUCAUACUACACUCUCAAAUACACAACCUGUAUGGUAAGAAUUUUUUUAAAAAAAUCAAGAUAAAUGAGUUGCUAUAUUUAAUAAAUAUCUUAUAACUUGUAUGUACUUUUAUCAUAGUGUUAUGUAUGUACACUUACCUAGUCAUCUUAAAAAGAAAAGCACAUGAAAAUGUAUUAGAUAACUUUUAGGAUGCCAAUUCUGUAUGCUAUUAGGACUCACUGUUUUGGAACAGAUAUUCAUUGACUCACUACUUUUAUAGAAGCUGAGAGUCUGACCGUCAAGUGAAUUAGAAAAUCAGGUACAUUGUAUAGCGCACUGCUGUCAAUGAAAGAUGUUCAGAUGAUGGAAACAAAAUAAUUUAAUUGCAGAUUUCAAACAGUAAAUACAAACAGUGCAGUGGUAUGAACAAAAUUUUUAUUUCUUAUCAAUGGUGAAAUGCUGCUCAGUGUGAAAUUCACAUUGAAUUAUGAAAAAUGCACAACUAUAUUGGGACUUCCCUAAGUUAUUUACAUUUGAAUCUCCCCCCCCCCACCACAUGUAGGUUUGGCAGCCCUUUAAUUCUUCAGAGCAAAAAAA